UGACGCCGGCUGUCUGGCAAAAGAUUCCAUUCCGCCCCUUAUCCGAGUGCGCCAAACAAAAGGCUCUGAUGACCCAAUUCACCUUCUUGGCAAGGAGCAUGGCACCCCGCUAUCGUCACAAGAGUUUCAUUAUCGGGUGAUGCUUCUUCACUUCAAGUUGGUAGUGGCUCUUCGCCUCGUAUGUGGCUGAGUCCCUCCAUUAUUGUAGCCAAGUAGUUGCCGGCCAUUAUUGGUACAGGAGUUAUGUCUGUGGAAAGAGGUGCAUGAGACCUGGAUGAAAAAGCCCCCCGUUAAACGACCAUAUCCAGCACAACUUGAAAAAUCGCAGAGACACCUGUAUUUUCAAAGUGGAGAGUAUAGUAAGGGGACUACUCGCUUGAAAAUGGUCCAAUCUGCCAGGCAAGAAUCGGAAAUUCCAGUUGUAACUGGUAUUGGAGUCUGCGGCAAGGUGCUCAGCGCACUUCAUCUUUUGGAACGGAAGUAAUUGUAGGUGUGUAGCAAACUCAAGCGAACCGAAGUCAGUGCGAG